AAAUCUCAUAAAAAUAACCAAGAUGGAUGCUAAUAAGAGUGCUUUCUCACAAGACGACCCAUUAAUAGAGCUUGAAAGGUCCCUCAAGAAGAGCUCAAAUUCCAGCUCUAAAGAGAUUAAAGCAAUGGCUACCCUAGGAAGCUUUAUACCGUCUUUCAAGACAAGGAUUGUUUCAAUCCUACCAACCAACAAAAUUAUUAAGCAGAACUCAAUUUCAAAUGAUUCAAAAUCGUUAAAGACAAGGAGCAGCAAAUUUGAACGUCAUAGGUUCAAAUCUCCUGAUCUCAAUACCAGUAUCAGGCUUCCUCGACCGAUCCAAUUCAAAUAAAUCUAAGGCUAAAUCAAAAAUAAUUGACUUUUCCUUUGACAAUUUGAGCAAAUAGGUGCUCUAAAAAGGUUCGUCUCAAAGAUAUGAAACCAGGAUUAAGCUUGUGUGAUAUCAAACGCAAGGUGUACUCCAAACGGAAUUAUAGCUUGUACCAACAAAAGCAGAGAAAUUUUUCAAUUUUAAAAGAUAGAACUGGGCCAUUAUCUCCUCCAACUAUAGCAAAACCAAAGCAGAGUUUAAGAAUGGGAGCAAUUCUGUCAAAUAUUUCCAAGAAUGUUGGAGCUAAUGUGGUCAAACCAAUGCGAGAAGUUAUUGAAGAGACCACUGAGAGCCUAUGAAAGACUAUUCAAGAGAAGCAUCGCAAAUAAGAGAGAGGAAAAGGAAAGAAGUGUCAGAUUCUCCCGGCUAAUUAGUCCUGCUCCUAGCAAUAAAGGAAAGUCUCCCCUUAGUAAUGGGAGAUCUUUAAUCAAUAAUUGGCAGUCUCCUCUCAGUAAUGGGCGGUCACCUCCUGCUUCAAAUUUUGAAAAUAAUAAAUUUGAAGUUGAUUCUCGAAGAAGAACUACUGGUCAGACAGACAAAAAGAGAAAACUAUGAAAUAAAAUAGAAACUUCUUCAAUCCCCAAAGGUGGCCUCGUAGUAGAUGAUAGUAUAAUUGAGGAGGAAAAAGAUUCUUCAGCAACACAGAAUUCGCAAGCUACCCCAGCCGAGCUUGAUUUACGAAAAUGAUCAAAUUCCUUUCAGAGAGAGUUUUCUGAAAGUUUUGAACAUUCAAGAGCUGCUGAAUCCUUCUUUGAUCAUCAUUAUGUAAUAUCUACUUCACCAAGAGGGAAUGGUUUAGCCAAAGAUCAGGAAAUUGAACAAACUCCAUUUGCUGAGAAAUACUUUUCCCUAGAUGAGCGUGAAAAGAAGCAAAGGAGACACUUCAAUACUACAAAGCAGAGUCCGAAAAAUGCAGAUCUUCCCGUGACCUCAGUCUCGUAUCACAACUUUAUCUACCCUAUUCCUUUCUCUAGCCUCAGCAAGAAGGAGAAGAUGAAAUAUAGAGACUUCAGCUUCCAAACGUACAAAAAGAAGUUCAACAAGAGGUUGAAAUAAAAUGGAGCUAAACCACAGAUCAAAGCGUAAAAAUAUUCAAAAGUUUCUUGCUAAACCAAGACAACACUUGGAGAAGGAUAUUAUACUAGGUGAUGAUAAAUACAUUCACAAAUAUGUUAACGUUCCUAAACUCGAUUCAAUGCAGAAAAGCACAUUAAUGACUAAGACAAAUAAGAGAGUUCAGAAGAUUAUCCAGAACAGAAAGAAGCAAUCAAUGCUGAUUCUGUAGAAAUUUUGGUGCUAGUGCUUACUUGGUUCCAGGCUAUAAGGAGAGUUCGGAGCCUAAAUCUUUAGGAAUCUUAGUAUAAAGUUAUCAGUCAGCCAAGAGGCAGGGAAUUUCAACUUAGUUCA